GUCAGUCAAAACAUACGUCCGUUUAAGCGGCCUACCCGUUCAAAUACUUUAUUGAUCGACAGGAGUAGAAGAAUAUUUGGCGCAUGUGGCAAAUACGUCAGAUUUUAGCCAGAUGGGUGCCUAGUCAUACCAGAUUCGUGUAACAAAACCUCUACAAUGUUCUGGACAUCCUAAAAACAAAACUAAUCCAAUACAGAGUCUUGUAAAUAAACACCAAACACCCCCAAUCAGCCCACAACAUAAAUACCAGAACGAAAAUACCUCCAUACUCGUAUACACUCGAAUCCAAGUCUGCCCCUGUGGUCCCACAUGUGUUCGUGUCUGAGCUAUCAAACAGAACAGUUUUUAAACAUUUUAUGUGCUAAAUGCAAAGCAAUGCGACGUGCAAACAUCAAACGUGGCCAAUGUUUGAGCUUAAGACCACAAGGUAGCAGCAAAAUGGAUCGCUAUGAAAAGCUCAGUCGGUUGGGCGAGGGCUCCUAUGGAAUUGUUUACAAGUGCCGGGAUCGGGAAACGGGUGCUUUGGUGGCGGUGAAGAGGUUUGUGGAGUCUGAAGACGAUCCAGCCAUACGAAAGAUUGCACUAAGAGAAAUUAGGCUACUGAAGAACCUCAAGCAUCCGAACCUGGUUUCCCUGCUGGAAGUGUUCCGCCGGAAGCGGCGCCUGCACCUGGUCUUCGAGUUCUGCGAGCUGACCGUGCUCCACGAGCUGGAGCGCCAUUCCCAGGGCUGUCCGGAGCACCUGACCAAGCAGAUCUGCUACCAGACGCUGCUGGGCGUGGCCUACUGCCACAAGCAGGGCUGCCUGCACCGGGACAUCAAGCCGGAGAACAUCCUGCUGACGGCCCAGGGCCAGGUGAAGCUGUGCGACUUCGGCUUCGCCCGGAUGCUCAGUCCCGGGGAGAACUACACGGACUACGUGGCCACGCGGUGGUACCGGGCGCCGGAGCUCCUGGUGGGCGACACCCAGUACGGCACCCCCGUGGACGUGUGGGCCAUCGGCUGCCUGUUCGCCGAGCUGGUGCGGGGCGAGGCUUUGUGGCCGGGGCGCAGCGACGUGGACCAGCUCUACCUGAUCCGCAAGACUCUCGGCGACCUGCUGCCGCGCCACAUCCAGAUCUUCGGGCAGAACGAGUACUUCAAGGGCAUCACACUGCCGGUGCCGCCCACGCUGGAGCCGCUGGAGGACAAGAUGCCGGCCAAGUCGUUGCAGAACCCGCUGACCAUCGACUUUCUCAAAAAGUGCCUGGACAAGGACCCGGCCAAGCGCUGGUCCUGCGAGAAGCUUAUAAAGCACUCCUACUUCGACGACUACAUCGCCAAGCAGCGCGAGCUGGAGCACGUCAACAGUCUGGAGGCGGCCAAUCUCCGCCAGCAGCAGCUCGCCUCCCAGCAGUUCAUGCUGGCCACCGCCGCCCAGCAGCUGCAGACUGGUCCCGCCCAGGCGGCGGCCAUCGCGGCGUCCAGGGACAAAUCAAAGACUUCAAAUACAUCAUUACCGCUGCUGCCCAGCACGCAGCAUCAUCAUCACCCGCAUCAAGAUUACGUAAAGCUGCAGCCCUUGAACAAGAACGCAAACCUCCUUCAUCGCACCGAGCAUCAUCUGCCAACGAUUUGAGAUGAACGUCUAAUUAAGAAUUGUCCUUGCGUUGCUAACCAUUUUGCGCAAAAGUGUGCACAAUAUAAAUAUUAUUUACUGCUGGGAAUAAAUGUGUAAAAGUAA